AUGUCUGGGAACAACGCAGGCCAAGCAAAGCCCGAGGGGCUCCCAGGACACGUGCUCCGCCGCCCCGCUCACCUCAACGUCUGGCCUGGACAGGUAGAGAAAGGGCGGAACCGGGGGGGGGGGGGAGGCUGCCUGUGUCCCCGCCGUCGCUGCACCCGCCUUGGAGGCCGCUCCAGGGCGACCCCCGGGAGCCUCCUGAGCCCCGGCCCGAAGCGUCACAAUGGCCUCUGUGACAUCACCAACAGCCGGGCCCCAGGCACCCGGUCUCCGGGUGCGCGGGAACAGACCCACCAUGAGCAGCUUCGCGCCCCAGCUCUGCUCACCAUGCGGACGCUGACAUGGCUCUUGCUCCUGCCCCUGUGCCUCUCCUGCGCCUACGCCUUCAUGUUUUCCCCGCUGCGAGACAAGGCCAAGGAACCGCAGGGGAAGGUGCCCUGCGGAGGCCACUUCCGAAUCCGGCAAAACCUCCCGGAGCACGCCCAGGGCUGGCUGGGGAGCAAAUGGCUCUGGCUGGUUUUCGUUGUUGUGCUGUACGUGAUACUGAAGUUUCGAGGAGAUAGUGAGAAGAGUAAGGAGCAGAAUCCUCCCGGCCUUCGAGGCUGUCCAUUUCGCUCUCCACUAAAGAAAAAUCAAAAUGCUUCCCCCAACAAAGACUAUGCAUUCAAUACCCUAACCCAACUGGAGAUGGAACUUGUGAAAUUCGUGUCCAAGGUGCGGAACCUGAAAGUCGCCAUGGCAACUGGCAGUAACCUCAAGCUUCAGCACUUGGAGGUACCUCCAGAGCCACACAAUAAUAUUACCAUCUAUGAAAUAUGGGGCGAAGAAGACUCUGAAUGA